UAUUUAUGAAUGAGAAAAAAAAAAAAAAAGACGUACUCGAACGAAGAUCCCCAAAAGAUUUUCUCUCUGCUCAAAUUUGAAAUUCGCUACUUCCUUAUCUUAAUCCUCUCUUUCGCCGUGAAUUCAUGGAGCAACAACCGGAAAAGCUAGACGACCGGACCUUCCCGGAGCGCAAAGGACAGAAGAGAAAACUGGAAGAAGGAGAUGAGCGGGAGAUCUCCGCUGUAGCCACCGACGGAGGCGAGGCGCUCCUCCGAGUGGUCGCCACUCAAGUAUCCGUACUGAGCUCCACUUUGUCCUGGAAAGAAGCCGAUCGCACCGCCGCAAAACGCGCCAUCCAAAUUCUAGCUGAGCUCGCCAAAAACGAAGAUUUUGUUGACGUGAUUGUCGAGGGAGGGGCUGUUCCACUUCUCGUUGAGCAUCUACAGGCUCCGCCGUACGGUGAUGGGGCUCUAAAACCAUUGGAACAUGAGGUAGAGAAAGGAAGUGCGCUUGCUCUUGGUUAUCUCGCAAUCAAGCCAGAGCACCAGAAGCUAAUAAUUGACUAUGGUGCAUUGCCCCAUCUUUUGAAUCUAUUGAAGAGAAACAAAAAUGGUUCUAGUUCUCGAUCUGUUCUCAGAAGGGCGGCUGAUGCUAUCAUCAAUCUUGCCCAUGAGAAUAACACUAUCAAGAACCUUGUUAGGUUAGAAGGAGGUAUUCCGCCUCUUGUGGAGUUGCUUGAAUUUGCUGACUCAAAAGUUCAGCGAGCAGCAGCAGGGGCAUUGAGAACCCUCGCGUUUAAAAAUGAUGUUAACAAGAACCAAAUAGUUGACUGUAAUGCUCUUCCAAUGUUGAUCUUACUGCUAGGAUCAGAGGACGCUACGGUACAUUAUGAAGCGGUUGGUGUUCUUGGCAAUCUAGUACACUCCUCUCUAAACAUUAAAAAGAAAGUUCUUGAUGCCAGGGCAUUGCAGCCUGUAAUCAGUCUUCUCAGCUCUUGUUGCCCUGAGAGCCGGAGAGAGGCAGCUUUGUUAAUUGGUCAAUUUGCUGCUUCUGAUUCUGAUUGCAAGGCACACAUAGUACAAAGGGGGGCUGUCUGUCCUUUGAUUGAGAUGCUUGAGUCACCAGAAGUUAAGUUGAAGGAAAUGUCAGCCUUUGCGUUGGGGAGACUGGCACAGGAUUCCCACAAUCAAGCUGGAAUUGCUCAUAAGGGUGCCCUAGGACCUUUAUUGAAGCUUCUAGAAUCAGAAAAUAUAUCUCUGCAACGCAAAGCUGCAUUUGCUCUUUAUGGUCUUGCUGAUAAUGAGGAUAAUGUGUCUGCUUUUAUCAGCGUGGGAGGCGUCCAGAAGCUUCAAGAAGGAAAGUUUAUUGUUCAAGCAAUUAAAGAUUGUGUUUCCAAAACAGUAAAAAGAUUAGAGGGGAAGAUUCAGGGAAGAGUUUUAACACAUCUAUUGUACCUGAUGCGCAAUUCAGACAAGCUUAUCCAAAGACGUGUUGCUCUUGCUCUUGCCCUUCUCUGUUCCCCAGAGGAUCAGCGAACCAUAUUCGUUAAUGGCAAUGGAUUGGAGUUGCUCCUUGGACUUCUUGAUUCUACAAACGCUAAGCAGCAACUUGAUAGUGCUGUAGCUCUAUACAAUCUAGCAAAUAGAUCUAUGGCGCUUUCUUUAGUCGAUGCUGCUCCUCCAUCUCCAACACAAAUGGUAUAUCUUGGAGAGAAAUAUGUAAAUAAUGCUACGUUGUCUGAUGUGACCUUUCUAGUUGAAGGCAGGAGAUUCUAUGCUCACAGAAUUUGUCUGCUGGCAUCUUCAGAUGCAUUUCGUGCAAUGUUUGAUGGUGGCUACCGAGAAAAAGAUGCAAGAGAUAUCGAGAUUCCAAAUAUUCAAUGGGAAGUUUUUGAGUUAAUGAUGAGGUUUCUAUACACGGGUUCAGUCAACAUCACAAAAGAGAUUGCAGAAGAUCUUCUAAGAGCAGCGGAUCAGUAUCUCUUGGAGGGGCUCAAGCGACUCUGUGAAUACAUUAUUGGUCAGGAUAUAACGGUGGAGAACAUAGGGAGCAAGUACGAUCUCUCAGAAGCAUUUAACGCAAAGUCGCUGAAGCAGACUUGUAUCUUAUUCAUCCUUAAACACUUUGAUAAACUGAGUUUAAAACCCGGGACUAACCAAUUGGUGCAGCGAACAAUCCCAGAGAUACGCCAAUUCAUGUAUAGAGUCCUCAACAAGACUACUAAUUUGUGAAGUUUUCGUCGUGCAGAGAAGCAGACACAGUUAGGUCUUAUCUUAGGUCCUAAUUACUAAGUUAGUCUAAUAAUUAUUCCAAAUAGCACUGCUUUGGUUGAUUUUGUCAUUGUAUGGACGAUACUGCUUGAAUUAGUCGUUAAAUAAUAAAAGAAUAAAACAUUUUAACU